AUGUCGGCCCAGUACUCCGUAGCAGACGUCGCCAAGCACAAGGACGAGAGCAACGGCAUGUGGAUCAUCGUCGACAACGGCGUCUACGACAUCACAAACUUCCUCGAUGAGCACCCGGGCGGCCCCAAGAUCCUCAAGAGGAUGGCCGGCAAGGACUCGUCCAAGCAGUUCUGGAAGUACCACAACGAGAGGGUCCUCGAGAAGUACGGCGACAAGCUCAAGGUCGGCACCGUCAAGGAGCAGGCCAAGCUCAAGGAAGUUUUCCGUCUUCGUGCCGAGUAUGAGGAACGUCUCUUGGCCACGAAUCUUGGCCCUCCCCGUGGCAAAUCACUUCUCGACGUCGACGUCCAUCUUGGCGACAAGUCUUGUAUGACUCGCUGGUACGACGACGGCACAGAGCGUGGUCAGUGUGUUCGCAUCUUCGAUGUGCCGGAUACUCUUUCGGGUGACAUUUUACGUCUCUAUCACGACUUGCCUAGCCUGUCAGGCCACUUUGAGAUUGAUGGGGAUGAUAUACGUCCGCUGAACUCCUUUUUGGAGCCCCCGGAGCCCAUAGAUGACGACUCCGAGGACGUGAGUGAUGCUGUGUCCAAGCUACCCUUCGUCUCUGUCGACCCAGCGAAGCACUUUGUCAAGAAGUGCAAGUACCGAAGCGAAAUAGAGAAUCUCAUCAAGUGCCAGGGCGGCUCUGUACCAGGCCAUCCACUAUCUCCGAACAUCAUCCAGCUUCUUGGCAGGUCCGCUGAUGGUGAGCUGGUCUUCGAGAAGCUGUCGUCUUGUGCGCACAUUCUCCAUCGCUUCUCCUCGCUGGCCGUCUACAAGAGCUGGGUGCUACAGCUGAUCGAUGCCUUGGACUGCCUGCACUCCCUCGGCAUCGUUCAUCGGGACUUACGAAUCGCCAAUCUUCUCUUCUCAGAUGACGGAGUGCGCCUGAUUGUCUGCGAUCUCGAAAGCCGCUUGGGAGAGCGGAGGGCCCCCGAGGUUGCCUUCCAGGGUGGCCUCGAGGACUCGGGGUGGACCCCCAAAUCCGACAUCUUCGACAUUGGGAAUUGCAUCAAGAGCAUGGUCUACGCAAAUCACCCAUACACAGAGUUUGUUGAAUGGCCUGUCCCAUCUCCGCUCCAGGCUAUAGUUGAAGCGUGCAUGCGUCCCACGCCGGAGGAGCGUCCGACCCUGAGCGACCUGCGUCUCAUGGUGGGAGAAAUUCAGGCGUGA